AUGGCGACUGGAGGGCAAGAUGCCAAGUUCUUUGCUCGUGGAAAGAUCCAGGAGUUCCGCAAUGAGCUCAAGGAGGCCGAGGCAAAGGAUAAGAAAUUCGUCAAACGAAAGGUCAUUCUCAAGAAGAUAGUAGCCAAUAUUACUAUGGGCAAUGACAUGUCGGCCUUGUUCCCGGAUGUGGUGCAGUGUAUGAGCAUUCAGGUCUUGGAAAUCAAAAAGAUGGUGUAUCUUUACCUUGUUAGCUACGGAAAAGGGAAGCCGGACCAGAUCAACUUUGCCGUUCAACAUUUCCUCCAGGACUGCGCCGACCGAAAUCCUCUCAUUCGAGCUCUUGCUAUCCGAACAAUGUCCUAUAUUCCACUUCCCAUCGUUACCACCAACCUGAUUGACCCCCUACGACACUGUUUAAAAGACCAAGAUCCUUAUGUCCGGAAAACCGCCGCGAUCUGCGUAGCUAAACUCUACGCACAUGAUCCUAAGCUCGUGGAUAAGCAUAACUUCCUGGCCAUGCUCCGAGACCUGCUCAAGGACGCGAACCCGACUGUUGUGGCCAACGCAGUAGCCGCUCUGACUGAAAUCAGCGAGAGGAGCGACGACAUCUCAUUAAAGCUCAGCAUUGAGGUUGCAAACAAGCUGAUAGCCGCUCUGAACGAGUGUUCUGAAUGGGGGCAGAUAUAUAUUCUCGAUUGUUUGCUUUCCUUUGUCCCUCAGACUACAACUGAUGCAGAGGUGCUUGCUGAAAAGAUAUCCAUGCGACUUCAGCAUGCAAACUCUGCGGUCGUUUUAACAACUAUCAAAAUAUUGCUCUAUUUAAUGAAUUACAUGGACAACCGGGAUGCAAUCAACCAUCUAUGCAAGAAGAUGGGACCACCAUUAGUCACAUUACUAUCCGCUGGGCCAGAAGUUCAAUACGUCGCCCUUAGAAACAUCUUGUUGAUAAUUCAGCGGAGGCCUGCUGUACUGAAGAACGAUGUCAAAGUAUUCUUCUGCAAAUACAACGACCCUAUCUAUGUCAAGCUAGCCAAGUUGGAGAUUAUGUACCGUCUUGCCAGGGAGGAGAAUGCCAAGGCUGUUUUGCUCGAACUCCAAGAAUACGCCUCAGAAGUUGACAUUGAUUUUGUACGCAAAGCGGUACGCACCAUGGGGAGACUGGCUAUCAAGGUGGCUCCUGCAGCGGACCAGUGUAUAGACUCGCUGUUAUCCCUCCUAGAAACCAAAGUCACCUACGUUGUUCAGGAAGCCGUUGUUGUGAUAAAGGAUAUUUUCCGCCGAUAUCCUAGCAAGUACGAGGGUAUUAUUCCAACACUAUGCGAAAACAUCGACGCGUUGGACGAGCCAGAUGCACGUGCAGCGAUGGUUUGGAUUAUUGGACAGUAUGCGGAAAGGAUUGACAAUGUUGAAGACCUCAUAGAGGAUCUUACGCUCAACUUUUUAUCCGAGUCUGCCGAAGUUCAAUUGGCCUUGCUCACAGCGGUCGUCAAGUUCUUCAUCAAGAAACCUGAAAAGGGCAAAGAACUAGUUCCCAAAGUCUUGAAAUGGGCAACGGAGGAAGUCGACAACCCGGAUCUCCGAGACCGAGGGUACAUGUAUUGGCGACUACUGUCUACGGACGCAACUGCGGCCAAGGAGGUCGUAUUGGCCGAGAAACCGCCGAUUUCUACAGAUACGGAUCGAAUGGAGCGAGGUGCUUUGGAUCAAUUACUUCUGCAUGCUGGAACUCUUGGUUCCAUCUACCACAAGAAUCCAGAGGCAAGUACCUUUAUCCGGACGUCCAAAGGCAAGUGGCUCACGGAUAGUCCUGCCCUCAACCAAGCCUCCCGUGCCGCUUUGGUGCACCGGCCGGAAGAUAUGCCACUGCUGCCGGCAUUGCCCAAGACCACUAUUAUGCGUGAUCGUCCUCCAGAACCUGGUGAAGAAGUUCCAGGCCUCCAAAACCGAUACACCGAAGAAAAUAACUCCAGGGCGGAUGCAAGCUCGCUGCUCAUUGGUGCAGGUGACGACGACGAACUUGAUAACGGCAACGAUGACGACGCCGAUGAUGAUGAGCGUCUGCCGGUUGGGGGAAUAGGAGGAGGAAACCGUUCUGUCACAGAUCUCAACGACCCCUACGCCGGUCUUGGGGGUGCGUUCGCCUCAGAUGGUGCAGGGUCUAGUUCUCGAGGAGGGAGACAGCAAGAAGAUCUAUUGCUGUGA